AUGAAAAUAAUUUUCAUUGCUCUCGUUGCCCUUUUGGGUCUUUGCUCGGCAGCUGUGGUUCAACACAAGUUGGUAUAUCGUGAAUCUCGAAAAGCUGAGAUGAUGAGACGUGGAGAAUGGGGAGCCUACGUUCAACACAAAGCUGCUCUUCGUGAUGCCAAUCCAGCCGUCUAUGCCAGUCUUUCACAAAAUGUCAAUGAUUACGGAGAUAUUGAGUAUCUUGGAAACAUCACUAUUGGUACUCCACCACAACCAUUCCUCGUUGUUUUGGAUACUGGGUCUUCCAAUCUAUGGGUUCCAGGAACUACUUGCGGAGGUACCUGCAAAGGAAAGAAGAAAUUUGACUUCACCAAAUCUACAACUUUCGUGUCCAACAAUCAGUCAUGGGUGAUUCAAUAUGAAUCUGGAAGCGCAAAAGGAUUUUUGGGACAAGAUACCGUUGCAUUCGGAGCUGCCACUGAACAACAACUUCCAGUUCCAAAAACCACUUUUGGAAUCGCAACACAAAUUUCUGCAGACUUCAAGAACGACGCUGCUGAUGGAAUCCUUGGGCUUGCUUUCACCUCACUCGCCGUCGAUCAUGUUGUGCCACCACUCAUCAACGCUAUUAACCAAGGCCUUCUUGACCAACCACUCUUCACCGUCUGGCUUGAACACAUGGGAACUGCUACAAAUGUCGGAGGAGGAAUCUUCACUUAUGGAGCCAUCGAUACGACCAAUUGCGGACCAGUGAUUGCUUAUCAACCACUUUCUUCGGCAACCUACUAUCAAUUCGUUGCUAGUGGUUUUAAGCUCGGCUCCUACUCAAUCACUAAGAACUACCAAGUUAUCUCUGACACUGGAACUUCCUUCAUCGGAGGACCACAAUCAGUUCUUGACGGAAUUGCUAAAUCACUCGGAGCAACCUACAACGCAAACUAUGGAUCGUACUUGCUCCCAUGCGGAACAAACAAAGGAACUCUUGAUAUCACAAUUGGUGCCAACGUCUACUCAAUCGAGCCUGUCAACUAUGUCAUCGACGUUGGAAUGGGAGACGGCACUUGCGUCUUCGCAGUCUUCCCCUUCAAUAACUUUGGAUUUGGACCAUCAUGGAUUCUUGGAGAUCCAUUCGUCCGUCAAUACUGUAACAUCCACGACAUUGGACAACAACGUAUGGGUUUCGCCAAGUCACUUCAAUCCUCUUCCUAA